GGCGGCACGGCUCGGGAGGCGCUCCUCGGGCCAAGGCCAUGGCCCCGCGGCUGCAGCUGGAGAAGGCGGCCUGGCGCUGGGCGGAGACGGUGCGGCCCGAGGAGGUGUCGCAGGAGCAUAUCGAGACUGCCUACCGCAUCUGGCUGGAGCCCUGCAUCCGCGGCGUGUGCAGACGGAACUGCAAAGGAAAUCCGAAUUGCUUGGUUGGGAUUGGUGAGCAUAUUUGGUUAGGAGAAAUAGAUGAAAAUAGUUUUCAUAACAUCGAUGAUCCCAACUGUGAAAGGAGAAAAAAGAACUCAUUUGUGGGCCUGACUAACCUUGGAGCCACUUGUUAUGUCAACACAUUUCUUCAAGUGUGGUUUCUCAACUUGGAGCUCCGGCAGGCACUGUACUUAUGUUCAAGCACCUGUAGUGACUACAUGAUGGGUGAUGGUAUUCAAGAAGAGAAAGAUUAUGAGCCUCAAACAAUUUGUGAGCAUCUUCAGUACUUGUUUGCCUUGUUGCAAAACAGUAAUAGGCGAUACAUUGAUCCAUCGGGAUUUGUUAAAGCCUUGGGCUUAGACACAGGGCAACAGCAGGAUGCCCAAGAAUUUUCAAAGCUCUUUAUGUCUCUGCUGGAAGAUACUUUGUCUAAACAAAAGAAUCCAGAUGUGCGGAACAUUGUCCAACAGCAGUUCUGUGGGGAAUAUGCUUAUGUAACUGUUUGCAAUCAGUGUGGCAGAGAGUCAAAGCUUUUAUCAAAGUUUUAUGAACUGGAGUUAAAUAUCCAAGGCCACAAACAGUUAACAGAUUGUAUCUCGGAGUUUUUGAAGGAAGAAAAAUUAGAAGGAGACAAUCGAUACUUUUGUGAAAACUGUCAAAGCAAACAGAAUGCAACAAGGAAGAUUCGACUUCUCAGCCUUCCUUGCACUCUGAACUUGCAGCUAAUGCGUUUUGUCUUUGACAGGCAAACUGGACAUAAGAAAAAGCUGAAUACCUACAUUGGCUUCUCAGAAAUUUUGGACAUGGAGCCUUAUGUGGAACAUAAAGGUGGGCCCUAUGUGUAUGAACUCAGUGCAGUCCUUAUACACAGAGGAGUGAGUGCUUAUUCUGGCCACUACAUUGCCCAUGUGAAAGACCCACAAUCUGGUGAAUGGUACAAGUUCAAUGAUGAAGACAUAGAAAAGAUGGAGGGGAAGAAAUUGCAACUAGGGAUUGAGGAAGAUCUAGCAGAGCCUUCUAAGUCCCAGACACGUAAACCCAAGUGUGGCAAAGGAACUCAUUGCUCUCGAAAUGCAUACAUGUUGGUUUAUAGACUGCAAACUCAAGAAAAGCCCAACACGACUGUUCAAGUUCCAGCCUUUCUUCAAGAGCUGGUAGAUCGGGAUAAUUCCAAAUUUGAGGAAUGGUGUAUUGAAAUGGCUGAGAUGCGUAAGCAAAGUGUGGAUAAAGGAAAAGCAAAACACGAAGAGGUUAAGGAGCUGUACCAAAGGUUACCUGCUGGAGCUGAGCCCUAUGAGUUUGUCUCUCUUGAAUGGCUGCAAAAGUGGUUGGAUGAAUCAACACCUACCAAGCCUAUUGAUAACCAUGCUUGCUUGUGUUCCCACGACAAGCUCCAUCCAGAUAAAAUAUCGAUUAUGAAGAGAAUAUCUGAAUAUGCGGCUGACAUUUUCUACAGUAGAUAUGGAGGAGGUCCAAGACUAACUGUGAAAGCGCUGUGUAAGGAAUGUGUAGUAGAACGUUGUCGUGUGUUGCGUCUGAAGAACCAGCUAAAUGAAGAUUAUAAAACUGUUAAUAAUCUGCUAAAAGCAACAGUAAAGGGCAAUGAUGGAUUUUGGGUGGGGAAAUCCUCCUUGCGGAGCUGGCGCCAGCUAGCUCUUGAACAAUUAGAUGAGCAAGAUGGCGAUGCAGACCAGAGCAAUGGAAAAAUGAAUGGCAACACCUUAAAUAAAGAUGAAUCAAAGGAAGAAAGAAAAGAAGAGGAGGAGGAAUUAAAUUUUAAUGAAGACAUUCUGUGUCCACACGGGGAGUUAUGCAUUUCUGAAAACGAAAGAAGGCUUGUUUCUCAAGAGGCUUGGAGCAAACUGCAGCAAUACUUUCCAAAGGCUCCUGAGUUUCCAAGUUACAAAGAAUGCUGUUCACAGUGCAAGAUUUUAGAAAGAGAAGGAGAAGAAAAUGAGGCCUUACAUAAGAUGAUUGCAAACGAGCAAAAGACUUCUCUUCCGAAUUUGUUCCAGGACAAAAACAGACCAUGUCUCAGUAACUGGCCAGAGGAUACAGAUGUCCUCUAUAUUGUUUCACAGUUCUUUGUAGAAGAAUGGCGGAAAUUUGUUAGAAAGCCUACAAGAUGUAGUCCUGUGUCAUCGGUCGGAAAUAGUGCUCUUCUGUGUCCCCAUGGGGGACUCAUGUUUACAUUUGCUUCUAUGACCAAAGAAGAUUCUAAACUUAUAGCUCUCAUAUGGCCCAGUGAGUGGCAAAUGAUACAAAAGCUCUUUGUUGUGGAUCAUGUAAUCAAAAUCACAAGAAUUGAAGUGGGCGAUAUAAACCCUUCAGAAACACAGUAUAUUUCUGAGCCUAAACUCUGUCCAGAAUGCAGAGAAGGGUUAUUGUGUCAACAGCAGAGGGACCUGCGUGAAUACACUCAAGCCACCAUCUAUGUCCAUAAAGUUGUGGAUAAUAAAAAGGUGAUGAAAGAUUCAGCUCCGGAGUUGAAUGUGAGUAGCUCCGAAACGGAGGAGGACAAGGAAGAAGCUAAACCAGAUGGAGAAAAAGAUCCAGAUUUUAAUCAAAGCAAUGGAGGAACAAAGCGUCAAAAGAUAUCCCAUCAAAAUUAUAUAGCCUAUCAAAAGCAAGUUAUUCGACGGAGUAUGCGACAUAGAAAAGUUCGUGGUGAGAAAGCACUUCUCGUCUCUGCUAAUCAAACAUUAAAAGAAUUGAAAAUUCAGGCUGAUGAACCAAUUGCAGAUUAUGCUGCAAUGGAUGAUGUCAUGCAAGUUUGUAUGCCAGAAGAAGGGUUUAAAGGUACUGGUCUCCUUGGACAUUAAUCUUUGAACACUUGCUGACUGCUAAGAAAUGACCAGAGGGGAAGAGGAGUUUGACAUGUUAGGGCAUUAAAGAAAAGGUGGAUUAAGAAUUAAACCAUUAUGUGGCUCUUCCAAAAGGCAAAAAUCCAUUCGAAAGUGACUGUCCCAAAAUGCCUUAUGUCAAAUAAAGCAGAUUGCACUGAAGGACACCAGACUUGAAGGAAAUGUUUGAAAUUUUAUAUUUAAGGGGGGUGGUGGGAGGGAAGGGGCAGGUAAAGACUGAACAAGUUUAGUAGCAGUAACAGUAAAUCAUGUUUACAUAUGAGAUUUAUAGUCAUGGGAGGUAAUAAAGUUCUGUUAUAUUUCCUUGCUCGAGUUUCAUACCAGAUGCAUUGGUCCAUAAAGGAUUUGUAUCACAGUAGAUGGGACAACAUUCUGCUCUGAACUAAACGUAAUUCUUUAGAGACAUAACCUGAUUACCAAUACCUGUCUUUGAUUCAUAUUCUACUUUCAAUAAAGCAUGAAAGUGAAGAAAGAACUUGC